GCCACCACAGAAACCCUACCCUAUAAAUUCCUCAUAUGUCUUUCUUUUACCGUUUUCCCGAUUAGGGUUUUAGCUCCACAUUGACGCGGCAGAACUAGUCAUCUAGAGAAGCGAAAAUGCCGUCUCACAAGACCUUCAGGAUCAAGAAGAAGCUCGCGAAGAAGAUGAGGCAGAACAGGCCAAUCCCUCACUGGAUCCGCAUGAGAACCGACAACACAAUCAGGUACAACGCGAAGCGUAGGCACUGGCGUCGUACUAAACUCGGAUUUUGAGGUGCUUUAAUCAGAGGUUUUAACUGUUGGCAAUGAUAUGAAUCAUGUUUAGAAUUUGGUUGAAUUUAAGAAACCAUAUUGUAUGAAGUAUAAGAAUACUGUCUUGAGAUCUUUGAUGUUACGAGUCAUUUCAAUUAUGUAUUCUGCAUUUUUAUGUGGUAGUAUUUCGUGUAUUUGUUUUGCUGGC